CAUUCUCGCAAACUGCAGAGGAAGAAAACCUACUGGAGCACAAUACAGCUCGUCUGUCCAGGGUUGUAUACCCCAGAGAUACGUUGCUAAUUUAAGACUGUAGAAAAUAUAUAAAAUUAUUUUGAUGGUUACAGCCUUCGUCUUUACCAUCUUACGUGUUCAAGUGAAGACUCCGGGUAGAAGUUGAUUCGAUUUGAUUGGAGACGUCGGCAGAUUAUUCAACUUCCUCCAACACAGUGGAUUACAGUGGGCCGCGGAACUUGCCCGGCCUAUGCGGGGUUUGGUCGACGAUUCAUGUCUCUGUAAAUCUAGUUCGAGGCUUAUUGCUCGGCCUUGGAUAUUUUUAUUUUAAUGGGCAUCGGAUGAAAACAGAUUGACAGAGGGACGAAAGAACUGUAAUUAUUUAAUGGAUAGGUGUCAGUUGACUACAUCGCAUUGUAUUAGUCCAACUGUUUUGAUACGUAAAUUAAUUAGAUCCAACCAGUUAGCUAGCUAUGUUGUUAGCCACUUCUUUCUUAGCUGGUAAGAUAAUACAACCUGAUACAACCAUUGGCAUCGGAUCCUUCCUGCCUUCCUUAACGAUGGAAAGAAUGUCGGCAACCUUUCUAGCUUAACUGUUGUUUUCUGUUAGCUUGUGUCCAUCGCAAAUAUCAAAUUGACCUGUAACAUUAACGUUAAUAGCACACGUAGCGUUCUUCAAUUGUACGUUUUUAAUCUUGGUCGGUUUUAGCUCAUUGGCUUGACUAUCUAUUAUUUUUUUUAAAGGAGGAUCAGUCAAAUGAUUAUGGGGCAUGGUCUACAUAUAGCAAGCCUGCUAGCUAGCUAGCUAGGUGGCGUACUCUGCUAACAAGAAAUGCUUGCUAGCCUCAUCUGUUCCGAUGGCGCUUAGCCAGCAUAGCAAAGGAUAUGAUAACGAUUAUGGCUGUGUUAUUGAUAUUUAUUAAUAUUGGACUGCUCAUCAACAACUCGGUAUCAUGUUGACAGUGUUUUUUGUCCGCCGUGGAAUUAGCACUGAUAUAACUAUCUGACGUAGCUGACUGGCUAAGAAGGCUAACGUAAAUGUUGAGUAUAUUGUCGUCAUUGCAACCAUUCUGCUAGCUAAUGGUAGUUAAUGUUAGAAGGGACUAGGAAUCAGACUGUUAGACGCCUGGUUAUUUGAUUUCAUUUAAUCCACAAUUAUCUGACCAGGUUAAACACUUCUUUGUGAAUUUUAUGUAAGAAAGAUUACCAAGGUGGCCCACUUCUCAAAUAACACUGUUAGCUGAUGAAAACGUCAGGUUGAGGUUGGUCAACUAGCUCGAUUGUUGCUAAAAGCUAACACAUUUGGCAUAAUUUAAAGGAACGUUGAAUCGCGUUAUGAAAUUUGCCAGUCGUAACUCAGACUGGACUUCAAGAAGACAAAAUCAAAGAUCGUUGAGUAGUCACUUUAACGACACCUAACGGUAAUCCAGUUGGAGAUAUAAAGUUAGACAACGACGUUAGCAUCCAUUUUGUGUACAAAAGGAUACUCGGCUAGCAGCAUAGCAAGCUAUUGGGAUGUUUGCUAGCUUGCUGAGGCAUCCUUAGAAUGUUUUGAUCAUUACUUCUGAUAAAGUCAGCCAUGUCUUGACAACAAGACAGCGACGUGGAUUUAACCUGUAUGAUUUUUUUUGCUUAUCAACUAGUUUUUUUAAACAUGGCUCAACAGAACUGCACUGAUGCCGUACUGUCUCCGACAGACUGAAAUAUAGACAGGACUAUUAACGCCAUUUUACACAGGGACUCCACAGCGAGUCCAGAAGGUGUUUAUUCAUAUUGAGGCAAGGGAGUGCCUUCGACCGGACCGGGAUUUAAAGUGCCUUUAGUUGGACUUGGAUUGGUGCAGUGCAUUUUGACAUGGACGGUCCGAGUCGAAACGGUGGGUGCAGGCAAAGCCGUCGCUCCCGCUCUCAACGCGACAGAGAACGACGCAGAAGGAGAGAUCUUGCCGAGCGCAGGGCUUCGUCUCCGUCCUCGGCCUCAGACCAAGAGAUUUGCAGGGGCGACUCCUUACUUGGUGUGGCUGGUGGAGAAUGUCGGCCCGGAUUCCCAGGUGUCAGACACCGGCCUCCUCGCAGAAGAAAGCGAGAGUCCGUGUCCUGCGAAGAAGAUAUAAUCGAUGGCUUCGCCAUUGCCAGUUUCAUAAGCUUGGAGGCCUUGGAGAUGGAUUCUUCUCUGAAGCCCCCAGAACGCGCUGGUGGGCUCAUGGGGAGAGGAAGCAAGAGGAAGAGAGGCCCGGAGGAGAAUGGUGGAGGACCCCUCUCAGAGCCAGAGGAGGGACCACCAGCCAGUUUCAACACCAGCAGCUGGGAUAAAUACAGAAAGGGAGAGAGGAAAAGAAAGAGAAAGAGAGAGGAGAAGGCCUCUGGCAACCAUUUUGUGGAAACAGGAUACAUUUGUGACACUGAGAGCGAUUCAGGCGAUAAGGCCUCUGACAAUGACAUGGACCCAAUAUUCUUUGUCAAGAAAGUGGACCCAGUGCCGUCGAGCAUGGCAUCGUCUGUUGCCAACGGCUGCCCGCUGGUGCCCACCCACAGCGGGGUGCCCCGUCUGGCCGUCACGCCCCGCGUGUCCGGCCUGGAGCGCAGCCAGGAACGCAGUCUGGACCUGCCUUACCCCGAGCCCCUGUCUACCUCCACCUCGUCCUCGCUGUCCUGCCUUCCUCCGUCCCACUCCAUGUCCACCAUCACGGUCUCCUCCCUGGCCGAGCAGAUCAACGGCCUGCACCACAGGCCACAGGAGCGUGGCGCCAGUUCCCCCCGGCCCAAACAAAAGUCCUUCCUCACCUUCCCCAGCCGCCCCACUUCCAAUGCGUACAGCAUGGGCGUCAACAACAGCAGGAACGGUACCUCAAUUAAGCCGCCAUCUUCCUCGACGGCCUCGUCCUCAUCCAUGCGGCCCCCUACGCCCUCCAUCAAUGUGCCCAUGUCCCACAGCAGAGGUCCCGGGGCCCCAGGACCACACCGUCCCCCGUCCCGCCCCAGCUCACGCACCUACUCUCCUGGGCUACCCCCUCCACCUCCUCUACUGCAGGUGUCCAGCCAUUCAGUUGCAGAUCAAGACCGGCUACGUCAGGAGCUGAACUCCCAGUACCUGCCGUCUCAGGGCACGGAGCGCGACGGACGCUCGUCUGCCCCCAGCAGCUCAAGCUCCACGGGCCCCUCGGUGUCCAACGCCACGUCCAGCACCACCACCAGACCUUCGCAGGCGCAGCCCUCCAUCCCCCCAAUGUCCUACCAGUUCCAUCAGCACAACCACCAGCACCAGCACACGCACACCCACCAACACUUCCUGCACCCGACUGCCACUGCGCCUCCCCUGUUUGAAAAGUAUCCAGGGCCGAAGAUGGAGAGCCUCUUCAGGCACCCUGCUGUACGUAUCCACAGCCACAGACCGGUACAACAGUACUUCCAGCAGUACCCGCCGCAGGUGCCUGGAAUCCAGCCGGUCCUCCCACCUACAGGCCCCUUCAGCUCACUGCAAGGCGCGUUCCAGCCGAAGCUUGUUGCCCUUCAGGGGGCGGCUCCAGAGAUGACCGCUCGUUUGGGGGUCAUACCCCCCCAUCUUCAACCCAAAGAUCCACGGCUCACAGACCCAUUUGCAGCAUCACUCAAAGUCAGUAAUAAGCCUGGGAAGUGGUGUGCCAUGCAUGUCCGUGUGGCUUGGAUGAUCCUCAGGCAUCAAGAGAAAGUCAAGCUAAUGCAGGCAGACCCCCACAAGUUGGACUUCCGUAAUGACCUGCUGACCCGUCUGCCUGGCUCUGGUGGCAUGAGCGGACUGGGAGGUUUGGGGGUCCUCGGAGGACCUCUACCCCCUACUCACGACCUGACCAGGCCAGGCGGCCUGUUCGCAGCCAAUGGUGGAGUCAAUCCGACCUCCUCCCCGUUCAUACCGCCAUCAGCGGCCCACCCGUCUUUCCUCACCUCUGCUGCCCACCUGGAUCCGUAUGGACGUUCACCACCUUUCACCCCACUGGGAGCACUGGGCUCGGGUGCAUUUGGUGGAUUGGGAAGCCCCACGUUGGCUAGCUCUGUGUUUGGCCAUAAGGACUCGGCCACUGGUCCCACAGUAGGAGGGAUGGGGAACCCGCACGACCCCUGGAACCGCCUGCACGUGGCCCCUCCAUCGUUCCCCUCCGGGCCUCCCUGGGCCAAGGCCGGAGAGAAAAGGGAUGAGCGGGAGCGAGCCAAGGAGCCGGAGAGGAGGGAGGUGCCCCACAUCAAAGAUGAGCGGGACAGGGACAACAUGCUGUAUGGCCGGCCGCCUAUGAGGAUGUCCCCUGGAGCCCCGGCCAUCAAGCAGCAGCACCGCAGCAGCACGCCCAUCUCCCACAUCAAUGGCCUGGGGGCCUCCCUGAGUGGUGGCGGGGGUCCGUCCGAGGGGCCCAGUAGGGACCGGGAAAGAGACCGCGAGAGGGAGCGGGACCGCGACAUGGACAAGCGGACGCUACACUCUAGCAUGCCACCUUCCCGGCCGUUGGCGGCGACAGCGUCUUCCUCGGCGCCGGACAGGCCGCGCUCGUCUUCUUCCUCUGUCCUGACCACGCCGCCGCCCCCCUCCACCUCGCUGGCGUCCUCGCCGCUGGACCUUUUCCCUCGGCACGCGCCUCCCCAGCUGCCGCACUCGGUGGGGGGCCCCGAGCCGCACCACUCCUCCCAAAGGGACAGCGUGGGCCCGGCCUCCUCGUCCUCGUCCACCUCCUCCACGGUCACGUCCCACCACAUCAAGAAGACCGAGCGCACCACCCCUGUCUCCAAGCCGCCGCCCAACCUGCCCGCCGGCCUGCUGCUGCCGCCCGUUAAGGUCAAGGAGGAGCGCAAGGAGGAGCCGCUGCCGCCACACGGUUACGAUCGGCCCAGCAGCCGCCACCAGCACCACCCGUCUACGCCCUCCUCGAGCCGGUCGCUCACCCCUACGCCCGGGGUGCCCCUGCCGCCGCUCACCCCUCACCACCACCCCUCGCUGCUGGAUCGCUCGCGUGCGGCGGCCCUCGAGGCCUACCUGGGAGGUGCGGCGGGAGAGCGCUUCAUGGCCCACCACCAGCACCUGCAGCAUCAGGGCCACUUGCAGCCGCCCCACGCCUUCCCAUGGGACCAGUGGCGGGAGCUGGCCGCCCAGCAGCAGCAGCAACAGCAGCGGCGCGAGAUGGCCCUGCGCACCGACCCUCACCUGGCCCUCCGCACGGACCCUCACCUGUCCCGCCUGCUGCAGCACCAGCAGCAGGCCCAGCGGAUCAUGGAGGCCGAGCGGGCAGUAGCGGUCGCCGCAGCGGCCGCGGCUGCAGCCAACCCUCAUCACAACCCGCGCGUGGCCACGCCGCCCACCUCGGCCGCCUCCUCGUCAGGGAGGCCGGACUUUGGCCUGAUGUCGCACCACUUUGACCGCCCACCGCAGAUGGGGGGUCCUGGGGGCGGUCUGCUGGACGAGGAGCAGCGGUCGCAGAUCUUGCGCGAGGACUUCGAGCGGGCGCGCUUCUCCAGCAUGCAUCCCCACGCGCACCUGUCCAACCCCCACCUGCCCAGUCCGUCUCACGCGUUCCACUUGGAGCAGCUGCACGCCGGCCUCCUCUCCCACCCGCACCUCCACGGUCCAGGAGCCUCCACGUCGCCGCACCACUUGGGGCUGUACUCGCGCCUGGGUCCCCUGCACCAGUCGCACAUCCCCAACGGCAUCCUGACCAAGACUCCUGCUGGCCUGGUGGGUGCGCCCCCUCCCCUCAUUCCUUCGGUGACCAGCCGAGCCAACACGCCCCCGAGACCUUCCAGACUGGGCGCAGUGGCUGAACUGGCUCUCUUUAGCGCCCACAAAGAUGCCGAAUCUAGAUAGUACAGGGAGGAAGCCUGGAGGAGAUCAGGGGCGGGGGGAGGGGACUAUUUUUCUGUGCUGAAACUAUUAUUCUUUUUUUUUUUUGUUUUUUUUGUUUUUAGCUUCUCUCCCUGCAAAGGGAAAAGUCUGUGCAGGAAAACAUGCCUCACCUUCUUAGGAGGGUCAGGCUGUGGACAAGAGAGCCUUGGAGGCCGCUCAUGCAUUCACUGUGGUUUCUUCUAUCAGUGCAAUUUUAAAGGUACUCUGUUAAUGUGCUCAUGGUUCAUAACUGUUUUAAAGAAGGCCUGUGGUUGAUUCAGAGCAUAUCCAUUAUCUGUAAUUUAAUGGAAAGAGACCUGUAUAUGUCCUUUUGGAGGUUUUAAUUAUAGUAGGAAUGGACCUGUAUACAUUCAGACAUAAGUGCACUCUUGUACACACAAAAUGAGGCUCUACAUCUUCCCCUAAGUGGUGGGUGGGUGGAUGGAUGUGAAGUGAACAGAAAAAGUGUCUAUUAAGUUGGCAGUGAGAUUAGGGAAAUAUCUGCUGUUACUUGGGGUUUUCAUAGCUCAACAAAACAACAUUCUCUUGUAUGUUUUUAAAAAAAAAGAAAGAAAGAAAGAAAAAAAAAUGCAAAGAACGGUUCCUUUACAUUUUCCUCCAUCUCAACAGUCACAUCUAUAACAUCAAAAAUUUCCAUUGUUUUAAUCCUAAAGAUUCAGUGGUAAUAUAAACUGUACAUCUUUUGUGGGUAAUAUUUUUCCCUCAAAAAAAGCUGUCUCCCCAUCUUUCUCCAUCCCAGCUCUGUGAGAGUGAGCUGGACAAGGAUAUAGUAGUAUAGUAAUAUUGCCUUUUUAAUUGUUAUUGUUAACAUUAAUUACCUUCUAUAAUAAAUAUAUUCACUGUUUAUGUUAUAUUGUCAUUGUUUCAGGUAUUAUCAAAUGCACUCCCAUGUUAGUCAUACGUUAGAGAUGUCCCUGAUCCAGCAAAUGCAAAGCACCCAGAGCUCUCGCGUCCAUUUGUUGACAUGUAAUGGCUACGAGCUGAAACAAAAAAAAACAACAAAACAAAACAGUCAGUGGCUGGCUUCUGUGUCACUGAGGACUCUGCUUAAUAUUUAUACUUGAGACGAUAGGUCUUAACUGUAUGUGUGUAUGUGUGUAUGCGUGUGUGUGUGUGUGUGUAUGUAUGUAUGUAUGUAUGUAUGUAUGUAUGUGUGUUUAUAUGUUUCAAUCAUGACAGGGACUUAGAAAGCCCAAAGGCAACUGUGAUGAUUAAAAUGCCGCGCGCAGUGGAUGGAUGCAUGGGACAUCAUGUGGACAAGACAAAAGUUAAAAACAAAAGGAAUGUGGGUCUUGUGCCUGCAUAAAAACAGGACUGAAGGGACUCCCUGACAUGGAGAACUGGACAUUUGGGGUGAAUUAUUUGAAUAAAACUAUUUUAUACCUUUUAAACCAUGUUCCCCUUGAAAAGAAAACCACAAAGAUUAAUUAUUAAAUGAAUUGUUGGUUAUUUACUUG